GAAUUGGAAGGGUGAUGUAUGUACUACUACCUAUGUGACAGAGGUACCGUACCAGCAGAUCUAGCUAUGUCUUGCCUAGCGCCAAUCAAAAUGCAGAAUCAGUCCAAGCCCCUCCACUAAAAGACCCACAAUCCACAGCCCACAACAGGCAGUCAAGUCACCCCGCCAUUCUUAAGUGCCCGCCUGGUUAGCGUCCGAGGGGUCACAUCUUCACUUACUUACCUGUAGAUCUUCCACAAUUUUUGUAGCUAAAGGCUUUGCCAACAUCACCCUCUGUCGCCCUCUACCAGAGUAAUUCGCUUUGAUACACCACCCGUACCGGGGUCUCGAAAUUAUGCCUCCAAAGGAAAAAAGUGGCAAUAUCAGCAAGAAGGCGGCUGGACAGGCCCGCAAGGCCGACGCGGCCGCCGCUAAAGCUGCCGCACAGGAUGCUGCGAAGGAGCGCGCUGAAGCUACCGAAUGGCAGAAAGGUGCAAAGGACGAUUCCAAGGCGAAAGACGCAGCCGCAAAAAAGGAAGCUCAAGCACGAAAGAAAGCUGAAAAAGACGCACUUCUUGCUGAAGAGGAAAAGAAUACCCCCGGUCGAGCAAAACCCAAGAACGCGAAAACAGCAGAAAAGAAACCUAGCAGAGGCCUGGACGCUGCCCUUGGAGCACUCGGACUUGACGACAACAAGAAACUCCCUGAGCUGGGUGCCAGCAACAUCGAUGACGCCUUCGAUGUUCUUGCCGAUGUCGAGUCCGGAGGAAUGAAGAUCGACAGGCAUCCUGAAAGGAGGGCAGAAGCCCUAUACAAGGCCUACAAAGAACAGCGAAUGACAGAGAUGCGAGAGGAAGGGCUCAAGCUCAAACUCAGCCAGCGCAUCGAGCGAAUCGACCGAGAAUGGAAGAAGCACCCAGACAACCCGAAUAGCGUCAACUACAACAAGCCUAAGCUCGCCUAUAAUUCCACCAAAGAGGAAAUAGCGGAGUUCCAGAAGGCGGAGAGGGAGAGAACUGAAGCGAGGCUGACGGUGCGAUAGGGCGACAGCCACAAUCUCUCUACCAGUUUCUCUACCAGUUUCAUAUACAGCCCAUCAAUAAUCCGGGCAGAUCAGCUUUGACAUGUUCAAAAUUAUACGGGGGUCCAGCAAAGGUUAGAGGAACAAUAACAUAAAUUAUUUAGACCAGCUACCUCCUACGACGACAUCCAACUGCAAUACAGCGUCGGUAGCAUACGCCUGAAUCAUAGAUGGCCUAACAAAAGCAUAGCACUUAGUAAAUAUCGACAUAUCUGGAUGGACAGGUACAGGUAUCGCGGCUCUUUUUCAGCGCUGAUUUGACUUGAUGAGGAGGCGAUGAAGUGGUCACGAUGCUUAAAGUAGGUGAACAAGGAUCGAAGGCUGAGGUAUGCCGAGAAGAGUGCCUUGCAGAUUUCGUAGUAGACAAUCAAUACAAUAAGUAGAAUACCUAAUUGUCUGGAAUGAGUGAUGAAUGAUCACUUAAAAUUAGCGCCGAGCAUGACCGCAUAACGUUUUCCUUGCAAUCAGGAACCAGGAAUCUGGUCUCGUGACAUGGCAAAGUAAGUAGAGAGGAAUUAGCAUGAAACGAACGGAAAAUUGGGGCAAAGCCGGGCUCGACUUCGGCAAC